AUGUGUAACAAGAAGAAUGACAAACAAAGAAAACAAAAAGAAGAGCUUGUUGCAAAAAGAGUAUCUACUGCUACAAAAAGAAAAAACAAUGAUGAUAAAGAUAACGAAUUGAUGGUAAUGAAUUUGGAAAUUCUCAAACUAAAGAAAAGAAUAAGAGACAAUUUAAAACAUAAAGCAGAUGAAGAUAUUUCCCACCCUCAAUAUAUAAAAUGCCUAAAGACAUUGCCAAGUCCUUCAAAAAUAUCACAAAUCAACAUAUGGGCAAAUUAUCAAACUAAGAAUGAUGCUAAAGAAGCCUUUGGAAAAGUCGAACUUGAUGAUGUUGAUACAAAAUUUAUUUAUGAUUUUAGUUGCCAGAUGUCACGUCCAUUUCAAGAGGAAAGACAAAGGAAAUACUUGGAAAGUACUUUUGUUGAAUACAAAUUUGUUAAUGAUGGAUCAACUGAUGGUAGUAUCAUGUUCAUAAAUGAUGACUUUGAAACUUUACUUCUUAACAUGGAAGUGAAGCAUGAAAUAGGAGUUUCUGGUGCUGCCUACACAAAGAAAGCAGUUUGUGAACCUCUUACUCCAACGAUGCCAUUGUUUGUUAUUCCACAAAGUAGUACAUCUUACAAUGAAGAAUAUGGAUUAAUGCAUCAAACUGCAUGUGUGCUUUGUGCAUUAAAGAAUAAACUUGCCAAUCUAAAAAAAUGGUAUGAAGAUUUUCAGCAUAAGAUACCUAAGAUUACUGCAACAAGCUCAUCACAACUUCAUUUUCCAUAUAUCAACUUCAUAACCAUUAAAGGUGAAACUUUUGAACUAACAUAUAACCAAGAACUGCCAAGUCAUCAUCUUGUAUUUGAGGCAACUGCUCAAAAUAUUGCAUCAUCAAGAGAUAUCAAGGUUACUAUCAAAUUUACCAAAAAAGACUCAAGGGAAUCUUGCAAUUUAUCUGAAAAAAUUGAAAAUGCACCUAAAUUGGAGAAUCAUUUUGACUGGUACAUGACAAUUAAAGAUUUUUCAGAAGCAUGUUUUGAGCAUAAUAUUAAAAAACGAAUUGCAUUGACUUCUGAAAAAUCAAGACAGCAACAACAUCAACAACCUUCUUCCAAUCGUAGUCGAAGUAAUAAUGAUGAUAAAAACCGACAAACUAUCGAACCUGGUCAACAACCAUGUAAUAACUUAUCAUUAUCCAAUAACCACAAGAAGAAUAGUUCAAGACGAUUUCCCAAAGAUAACAAUUCAACAUUAGAUUUUGAAAAAUAUUUAGUUGAUAUCAAAGAAGUACCAAAUCCAUCAAGAACAGUUGAAACUUUGACCAAAACUAUCGAUAUUAUUUUAAUGGGUCAUAAAGACUCUGAAGUUAAUCAACAUCUAAUUGAUGCUUUAUACAGAGAAUGGUUUCCAAAAUAUGCAUUGGUACUUUUAAAUAGAAGGAAACCAGAAGAAAUGAACGUUAACCACGAAGAAUUUCCUUUGUCAGAAAUCAUGCAAGAUGCUAUAUAUCGAAUACUAGGAGAUGAAAAUGCCCCAUUUUAUCGUCGAUUUGAUAGUAGAUUCGAUUCUCGGCGGUUAGAUGUCGGUGUCAACACUGUGAUGAUGGGAAUUGUUGGCGAAAAUGAAGAGUUGGAUCAACGAAUAUCACAAUACCAAUACGAAGCCAUACAUUCCUUCGUCAGCCACGGUGGGUUAGAUGUCAUACUACGGUCUCUUGGUCACUUCGAUGAAGCAAAUCCCCAACGAAAUUCCUUUUCCUACUACAAUAACCUCGAUCUCAAAGAUCUCCAUGGAAUAAUCCGAAUAGUCCACAAGUUUGUAUUUAAGAUCGCUCAAUGUGUUCAAAAUCAUAUUCGUAAUAUUCCUGAAGAAUGGCUAAUACGCCAAGAUAAAAAAUUAAUUCCAAAUAUUGUACAUAUGGUUACCUCUAUGAUACUCACUUUACCUUCUUCCAUUGCUGGAUCUAUAAGAGAUUAUGACAGAAAUUAUCAUCAAAUGUUAUCAUCUGAUGAAGAUGACGACGAAGUUACUGACAUUCGGUAUCGUGAGGUAUCUGAUGAACAACAAAUUCUUAUAGGUUCUCAACUAAAAAUUGAUAUAGCUGCUCGAUUAUUGAAAACUUCAAGAUUGGAUUUACGUUUGACUGGCCUAAAUGAAAUCAAAGAAGCUCUUUUAUUAGGUCUUAAACAAGCCAAAUUUUUGAAAAAAUAUAAAAGAAGAACUAAUAAUUCACGUAAAAGAAGUUUAAGUAUUGAUGGUGAAGAUGAUAAUAUUCCAUUAGAGGAGGAAAAUCCUUCUGAAAAAAUUCAUCGUUUCCUUAAUGAGAAAUUACGCGAACAUCAAAUUCUUGAAUAUAUAUUUGGUUCUAAUAUUCAUUUGGAAAUAGUUCAACGUUCUACAGAUAUUUUAACAUUUUUGAUACACACUAAAUCAUUAACAUCACACGAAUUAGAUAUUAUUUGGGCACCUUUUGAUGGAAAUCAACACCGAAGCAUUGUUCAUGGUGUUUGUCAAGUACUGAUUGAUAUUUCCGACCAUUUAAAUCAAGAACAACGAGACUAUCUAAUUCAGAAAUUGAUGAAAAUGCCUACCAGUUUCAUAGAGACUCAAACUUAUUUAUUAAUAAGAACUUUGGUUCAAUCCACUAUGUCAAGUACUAGAACUGUUCCUCAUGUAUCAUUUAAAGCUCAUCAAUUAUUAUGGCGUUUAUUAUGUGAAUCAUCAAUCUCAAUCCCUGCUUUGAUGAACUCGGAAGUUUCAUCUCCCACCACUACUGCUUCAGCAAACACUCUUUCUCCUGUAUCGUCAUCAACAACAUCAUUAUCUUCAACAAUAAUAGAUCAGGACAUUGCUCAAAAUGCUUGUCAAGUUCUAACUAAUUUAUUACAGGGCGAUACAAGUCAAGAAGAUCGUAAUACUUUAUUGGAAAUGUGUAUUGAAUGUUUAAGAAAACAUGAUCCUGGAACUAUGUGGGCUUUAAGGCUUUUAACAAGAAUUAUUUCACCCCCAUUUCCCAACCAAGAGUUGACCACAAAUGAUUACCUUAAACAUUUAAUAUCAAGUAUGGGAUUACCGCAAUUAUUUUUGGACGAUUUGGAACAUUGGUCAAAGACUGUGAGAGCAUGUGCAGGAAAACUUAAUGAUAAACCAAAUGUUUUAAAUCUAGAUUUACCUUCAUCAAAAAUGUCCAUAUUACGUGAUCAACUAAUUUCGCGUCUACAAUUUAUUCAAUGGAUAGCAAAUUUUGAGGUUCCCUUUUUUACAUCAACGGCUCAAACCGACAUAAUUUGGAAUUGUUUGAUAGCUAAUGCAAUAGGAAAAAAGGAACAAGACGAGGCAUUUGCUUCCCUGGACAAUAUACUAGAAUAUGAUUAUUUCACUGAGCAUUUUUUUAACAAUCGUUUCGCUGAAUUGGAUGUUCGGUUCAUGUCUGAUCAAGCAUUUAAAUAUGCUAAAAACUGUUUGUUAAAAGUUAAUGCUAAAAACGGAAGGUUACUUCAACUUGGCAUUCUAAUACAAGGUGAUCUUACAGGAAUUGAUCUUAUUUGGGAUAUUGCACUUCGUGCAGAAGAAGAAGCUACGGAUAAAAAAUUGGAAAAUUAUGCUAAUUUGGCCAGGCAACAUCGUGAAGCAUUAGUUGACAAAUGCGUUAAACAUCUUUUCGCUGCUGCCAAUGGCUUAUCCAAAGUUACUAUUUUCCCCACCACAUCGGAUGAUGAUGUUUCAAUGACACUAAUUGAUGAAUCUAGCUCUUCUACACCAUUAUCGCCAUCAUUGUCUCCACUUCAAUCAUCAACAAUGAAUAAUAAAUCUACUAAUGCCUUAAAAUUCAAACGAUGUCUAGAAGUACUUAAAUCUUUUAUGGAUAUAUUUGAUACUAAAUAUUCAAAUUAUCAAUUAGAUAAAACUGAUGUAAGAAGACAUGGAAUGUUAAACGAUGGAGAGAUGAUUACAGUAAAAGUUACUAUUACAAAUCGAUGUUUGGAAAUUCAAGUCCAUCCAUCUGAGACAGUUCUUGCUUUACGACAAAAAAUUGCCUCUAGAAUAGGUGAAGCAAAAUCAUCACAAAUUAGAUUAAUCACAGCAGGAAAAGAAGUUUGCCCUGAAUCGAAUGGAUUGACUUUGAAAAAAUUAAAAAUUGUAGAUCGUCAAUCUUUUAUGGCCAUGAAGCGCAAUAAUGAAGGAAAGUUUGGACAAGAGAAUGAUAGAGUUGAAGAAAAUCUUGAAGAAUUGGUUGAAUCAGAUUUACCGAUUAAUGUUUUAUCAAAAUAUAUCGAUCAAUUUUUCCAAAUGUUAGAAUUAGAAGAAACAUAUUCAUCACAAAUAUGGGAUCUACUUAUGCGACUUCCGACAAAUAAUACGUUCUUGAAUGCACUAAAAACUCUCGAAACACCAGUGAAUUGGGACGAUCUCCUUGUUCUACGAUCGCCAUUUAGAUUACUUUAUGCGUUACAGAUUGUUGAUUGGUUGUUAAGAGGAGGCGAUGAUGAAAGAAGUCAGAGUGGAAGUGAUUGGUGUAUGCGAUUUACUCAAAAUCAAGGAUUGGACUAUUUAAUUAAAUUGUUCAUAACGUUGGAUACAACUGAACGUAGUAGUAGCAGUACUUCUGUUUCUGACGAUGAUGAGGUAGAGAUCAAAGAUCAUCAUAAAAUUUUAACAAAGAAAGCCUGCCUUGGGCUUUUAUUGAAAAUAAUUAGUUUUUUUGCUAUUGAUAAUACGAUAGAAAGCGCCGAUAUUUUUAAAAGUUCUGAUUCCAAGAGUUUAAUUUCAAAAUUGAUUGAAAUAAUUGGUAAAUGUGUAGAUCCUUCUCAAAAUCAGGUUGAAGAUGAUUUAACAAUAAUACGACAUUCAAUGAAAUUAUUAUCAUGUCUAUGUUUACGUGACGAAUCUGCAAUAUCAAUCUUUGUUGGCCAUCCAAAUUUACGUGAAUGGUUAAUUUCUGCAUUAAUUGGUUGUCAAUCUGAAGAAGCUAGGAGUCUAAUGGCGAAUAUGAUUCUUUGUUUCUGUAAAGAUAUUAAUAAUAAUAUAGUUAACAAUAAUGGAAUGUCAACUGACGAAUCAAUGAAUCAGAAUCAUCAGGUUUCAAUUUCACCUGUUCUUGAUCAAUUUUCAUUGAUAUUAUGGUCGUUCUUGCCCGAUGUAGAGAAUCAUGUUUAUACAAGCAAAGAAUAUUUUGAUUUAAUGGGUGAACUUAUGCCAUUCAUUACAAAAUCUAGUCUGAUUUCUUUGUCAUCUUUAUAUAAUGGCAUCAAAAAUCAAAUAAAACUGCAUCCAAUUCAGGAGCAAUUUAAUUCAUCAUUUCCAAAUAUUAACCACUCCAAUUCACUUCUUCCACCAAAGUGUAAACUUGAAGUUUCAAGAAAUGCUGCAUUAAAACUAUUAAAUGUACUAGUUCAUGAAUGUCCAGAAAAUUUUGUUCGUCUUACAGAUUUAUAUUUGAAACAAUUGGAUCGUGGUGAGCAAUUAAAUGAUAAUUGGAACUAUUGCCCUAAAUCAUGUCAGAAAUCUGUAGCUGGAUAUGUUGGAUUACAAAAUCUUGGUGCAACUUGUUAUGUGAACUCUAUAGUUCAGCAAUUUUUUAUGAAUUCCGAUUUCCGAAAAAGUUUAUUAGCUGCUCCUGUUAAUGAUGAAAACAAAGACGAUUCACUUCUUUAUCAACUUCAAAUUGUUUUUGGAUAUUUACAAGAAAGUGAAAAAAAAGCAUUUGAGGCAACACAAUUUUGCCAUGCCUACAAAGAUUAUGAUGGCCAGCCUUUGAAUGUCGCACUUCAGAUGGACGUGGAUGAAUAUUUCAAUGGACUUUUUGAUCGUUUAGAGAAUAGUGUUUCUGGAACACCUUAUUCGAUGCUUCUUAAAGAACAUUUUGGUGGUACGAUUGUUCAACAAAUAAAAUCAAAAAGUUGUGGUCAUAUUUCCGAGAAAGAAGAAUCAUUUUUCGCGAUACAAUGUGAAGUUAAAAAUAAAAAAAAUGUAGAGGAAAGUUUAGAACAUGAUGUUGAGGGAGAAUUGUUGGAUGGUGAUAAUCAAUAUUUUUGUGCUAAAUGCGGGAAAUCUGUAGAUGCAAUUAAAAGAUCAUGUAUUAAGAAAUUACCAAAAAAUUUGAUAAUGCAUUUGAAAAGAUUUGAUUUUGAUAUGGAACUGUUGAAACGUGUCAAGAUCAAUGAAUACUUUGAGUUCCCGAAUCGAAUAAACAUGGAACCAUAUACUUUGGAUUACCUGAUUAGAAAAGAAUUAGGAGGGGGAGCAGGGGUGGGAGUACAAGAGGAUAUCAAAUCAGAUAAACAGAACAAAUCACAAUUUGAAUAUGAGUUAGUUGGUGUUUUGGUUCAUACAGGAACUGCUGAUUCUGGUCAUUAUUACUCUUUCAUUAAAGAACGCAAAUCUGCACCAUCAUCAUCAUCGUCACACGAAAGUGAUGAAGAGAGACGCUGGUACCAGUUCAAUGACUCGACAGUUGAAAUUUUUGAUCCAAAAGACAUCCCUAAACAAUGUUUUGGUGGACCCGAAUAUGUUUCACAAUGGGAUCCAGCGCAACAAAAAAAUGUUACACGUGUGUUUGCUAAACAAUAUAAUGCAUACAUGCUAUUUUACGAAAGGUGUGAAGAUGUUCAGAAUAUUACUAGUUAUGAUGAGAUAAAUAAACAAGAAAAUCAAAUUGUUAAAGUUCCUGAUGACAUAUAUAGUGCAAUAUGGGAUGAAAAUAUCGGUUUUCUUCAAGAUAAAAAUAUUUUUGACCCGGGCUACUUUAAUCUUAUGUGGACUGUUCUUCACUCGGUAGAUUUUGAUAACGAGCAAAAGAUUUUAGUUGAUGGCAAAGAGAUUGAUUUGACGAUGCGUACAAUCCAGUUGGCUUCUGAAUUUGUUUUGGGGACAUUAUCACGUGCGAAAGAUAAUAUGGAACUUAAAGAUUGGACAGAUUUUCUUAAAACAUUAUUUCAAACUCAUUUGCCAGGAUGUCAAUGGUUUAUCAAUAGACUUAUUGAUCCCAGUCCAAACUACUUACAACAGAUAUUGAUGUCAUGUUAUGUUCAAGAGGUUAAAGAGCAAAUUGUUGAGUUGAUAGUUUUUGUCUUGAGAACUCUUAGACAAGGUGAUCCAAUCGUAUAUGGACUGGAAAGCGAGGGAGGGGUUAUUGAUAUGACAGCAACAACAAAUUUGGUUGAUGGAAUUUCCAUGAAUAUCGAUCCAUCAUCGUCAACUUCAAUACAAAUGUGCCAUGAUAAUGGAUUAAUAGUAAAAUUAUGUGAAGCGAUGUUCAAUCUAAUUCCCGCUGCACAUUUAUGGUGGAGGAAUUUUGAACAAUAUUUCUCUUUGAUGUAUCUCAUAUCAUAUUUUGGAGUACCUGAGCGUAAUUAUAUGAUAAAACGCGGAUUCAUAGGAGAAUUGGUUAAAUUAUUCCUUAUGGACGAGAUUGCACCAUUGAAAUCUCGUAAAAGAAAAAUGGGCGAUAAAUUUUCUUUGCCACCUUUCCGUUAUCUAUUAAUGACAUUGCGUACACUAAUAUCAGGAUGUGAUGUUUCUGAUAUUGGAAAAAGUGGACGUUCGUUACUAGUUGAGACGCAGAGCACCGCCAUGAGGUUGACAGAACAAGAAAUUUCAAUGAUAUUUGAACGUAAUGAAUCGGAUGAUCAAUUCAUAUUUUUUAUGAAACAAAUAAGAGAUUGUAUUGAUCCUCCGUCUACUGGAGAAUUGUUCGCACAUUUUGCUACUAAUAAUGAACACUUAUCGGAAGAAUUUUUAAGUCAAUUGAUUCGCGCUGCUGAUAUUUAUACAGUUGAUCACGUUAGACCACACCUGGAAAUUAUUUAUUCACUAACGCAAAUCCAGGAUAAUUUGUUAAAAUCGAGGAUUGAUUACACAAUCCCUGAAAUCUUGAAACUUGCAAAGGCUAAUCAAAGUGCACCGCAAAUUAGUUCAGAAUGUCUUGGAUUAAUUGAAGCUUUGUGCACAUCUAGUGUUGGAGCAUAUGUUCAAACUUUUCUUGUUACAUAUCUUUCAGAUUGGUUGCCCGAGUACUUUUUGUAUAGUCCGUAUGAAUUAGUCCGUCAAAGAGCCGAAGAAUUAUUUAAUCUUUUAAUAUUUCGUAAUAUAGAUGAAGCACAAGGGAGUCAAGCACAAAUGGAAGCAAUUGAAAUAAUGCAUAAACAAUAUCUUAUGUUGUUGAAACAUAUGGAGCAUUUAGAGACUUGUUGGAAAACUACUAGCAGUAGAAGAGGAGUGGCAGAUCCAUUUGGUUGGAGAUUGAGUAAUUAUUUCAGAAUAUUGACAAAAUGUGUUCGAUCGAACAAAGAAAAACAAAUGGAAAUAAUUAACUUUUGGUAUACUGUAUGUGAAGAUUAUCCACCAAAUAUAGAGGCAAUUGUUAAAAACCAAGAGUUAUUGUCUCACCUUUUCAUGUAUUAUAACAUAAUUUAUAAUCAAGCAUCUCUUCCUAAAUAUUAUGGAUUGAUAUUAUUAUGUUGUCGCCAUUCACCAGAAUGUCAUCAAGCGUGGAUGGAAGCGACCAAUUUCUUUUGGGCUCUUAAUAGCAUGAUAUUUGGAGAUUUUUACGAUGAUCAUAAAACUGACGAGUUGUUGGAACUUUUGAAAAUGAGUGCUGAUGAAUCGGCACUUUUCAGAUCUCGAAAUUGGGACCAAAAUGCAUCUUCUUUAGCUAAUAUGCCCAUAAUACGCAUACAAAGGCUUCAUCAGUUAAUUAAUCGAAAUACUGUUGAUGAUUUACAUGCAUUUUGUAAAUACCAUGGAUUUGAAACAUUAUCACAGUUUAUUAUAAAAGACAGAUAUCUAAAUGAAGAGAAUGUUCUUAAAUGUAUGGAGAUGCUACAUGCUUAUUUGCAUCUUGCAUGUUCAUUGGAAGAGGGUAAAGAAUAUGUGAAAGCAUGGAAAACACGCUUAGAAUUUGCAGCUUCACUUUUAACAUCUUUGCAUCCAAAUAUGGACAAUAAAAUUUACCUUAGAACAUUAGACAUUCUAUGCCUAUUCUUAAAAAUGAAAUGUAAUUCUGAACUUGUUAGAGAUUGCUUAAAAUUAUUGAUCGAAGAACAUUCCAAAUGGCAAAAUAGAUUAUCUAGUCUUACGAAAGAAGAUUUACUUUUAAAUUUUGGUGGUAAUCAAUCAAUUUUUCAACGUCUAAAAUUAUUUGAAGAAGAAACUGAAAGUUUGGGCAUUAACAGUAGCAAUAUAGAAACACCUUCAAUACACUUUUUCAGACCUUUCCUUCUCAGAUUGCAACAAAAAAAUGACAUAAUCCAUUUACAAAAUGAAUUGUAUAAACCUUAUUUUAAAUUGAUAGAACAAUUAGCCUUUUCAGGGAUAGAAAUAGAAGAAUUUGAUAAAGUCGUUCGAUUAUGUUCAUUGAUAGUGCUUGAAAUGUUGGAGAUGGAUGUAUCAAAUAUUUUUAACAUACUUUUAGAUUUAUUUGAAAAGCUUUCGGAGAAUAAAAAUGUUGUCAGCGCUUAUAAUCAGUUGGCGUUCUCUAUGCUCCUGGAACACUUAUUAAACUCAAAUCCACGGUUAUUACUUACCAUGCUACCAGCUGAACGAUUGAAUACAUUCAAGUCACUAAUAAAUAUUGUAAAAAUCAAUAAGUCAGACGUAAUUCAACCGAUUAUGUUAAAAUAUAUUCAACAGUUUGUGGCUAAUGUUAAGGUAUUGAAAGAAAAAUUGGAAGUUAAAGAUUUGGUUUUGGUACAUGCAACUAUUGAAGAACUUUUAAUGAUAUUGCGGAUUUUAAUAAUUAUUUUAUCAGAUAAUGACUUGUCAGCAGAUGAUUCACUUGCAAAAAUUUAUUUAGAAAGUCUAAAAGAUAUCCUCAAUUUGGAACAAGCCAAAACAAUAAUUGGUGAACAUAUCGAGAAUAUUGACGAGUAUUUCAACAAGAUAAACCAACUUUCUACUCAAUUAAUUUCAUUACAAGUAUUAGUAGUACAACCUAGUGAUAAGGAUGGGAAUAUUGUUGCUGUUGUUGGCGCUAUCAAUGAAAACGAAAACAACAAAAACAAUGGUGACAAUGAAGAAAUUAUAGGUGAAAAUAUUAUUGUCGAAGAAAAUCUUGAUAUGGAGGAGGACGCUGGAGAUCAAAAGGUAUUAUAA